CCUUUCCGUCUUCCGUCGACCAUCGUAUUUGUAGAGACUCUCUCUCUCUCUCUCUAAACCCACACUCAGCUGUAAAGCAAUUUUUCCACUUUCUCCGUUCAACUCCCAAAGGGGAAUGUCUCUAAUUCUGUCAAAUUGUGUAACGACGUCCUUCUCCUGACGAAACGACAUCUCUCCCACCAAGGCAUGCUGUUAUUCCCUGCUCACUCCCUCUCUCCCGUUUCAACAAUCUCAGAUUUUCGCUGUUUCAGUCACGUCCAAUAGAACCGUUGACUUUUUUCCUUCCUGGCCAAGGAGGAAUGGACCAAUCGCUGCUCGACGACAUAAUCAACCGGCUUAUGGAAGUCCGAGGCCGACCGGGCAAGCAGGUCCAGCUCUCGGAGUCGGAGAUCCGACAUCUCUGCGUUGUUUCUAGAGAGAUUUUCUUGCAACAGCCCAAUUUGUUGGAGCUUGCGGCACCCAUCAAGAUUUGUGGUGACAUACAUGGUCAAUAUUCUGAUCUUUUAAGGCUUUUUGAGUAUGGUGGAUUACCUCCUAAAGCCAACUACUUAUUUUUGGGGGAUUAUGUGGAUCGAGGCAAGCAAAGUUUAGAAACAAUUUGUCUACUCCUAGCAUAUAAAAUAAAAUAUCCUGAGAACUUUUUCCUCUUGAGGGGAAACCACGAAUGUGCUUCUAUCAAUCGUAUAUAUGGCUUUUAUGAUGAAUGUAAGAGAAGAUUUAAUAUCAGGUUAUGGAAGACAUUCACAGACUGCUUUAACUGCCUGCCAGUUGCAGCCCUAAUUGACGAAAAAAUUCUCUGCAUGCAUGGGGGUCUUUCUCCGGAUCUGCAAAAUUUGGAUCAGAUUAGAAAUUUACAGCGGCCAACUGAUGUACCAGACACAGGUUUGCUCUGUGAUCUUCUCUGGUCUGAUCCCAGUAAUGAUAUUCAAGAUUGGGGAAUGAAUGAUAGGGGAGUUUCAUAUACAUUUGGUGCUGACAAGGUGACGGAGUUUCUUCAGAAGCACGAUUUGGAUCUCGUUUGUCGUGCUCACCAGGUUGUAGAGGACGGCUAUGAGUUCUUUGCCAACCGACAACUUGUUACUAUAUUUUCAGCACCUAAUUAUUGUGGGGAGUUUGACAAUGCCGGUGCCAUGAUGAGUGUGGAUGAGACACUAAUGUGCUCCUUCCAAAUAUUAAAGCCUGCAGAUAAAAAGUCGAAGUUCAACUUUGGGAGCAUGCCAACAGCCAAACCUGGAAAUUCUCCAACAGGGAUUUUUGGGAGUACAACUACAGCUAAGCCUGGAAACCCCCCAACUGGAGUGAAGUCCUUCCUUGGGGCAAUAUGAGAUUUGUUUUGAUGGAUAGAGGUGGAGCCUGGAGCCACACCCCAGUUGGGUCAGAAACACAAAUGGGAGGCCACUUUAUGAGCUUGAGGUCCAUUUAAUUUAACUAUAAAAUGUCGAAAAUUGUACAAAAUUGGAAGGAAAAUAUCAUUAGAAACUAAUACAAAAAGAUUGUUUUCCUUGAUACGAAGUUGUGUUUGAAGAGAUGGUAAGGCUGUAAUCCUUUUUCUUCCUGCUUGUACACUAGCUAUAUGAAUUGUUAGCUUAAAAUGUUUCACCCACGUUUGCUAUGAAACCGUGAAAGAUUGAUUCAGGGACACAAGAAUGUUCAAAAAAUGUCUCAUGUUUUCUUUUAAUAUUUUAUUUUAUUUUAUUUUUCUUGGGAAAA